GUAAUUCGUGCAACUGAAUUUUCUGCUAGUGUCAAGUUCAUAUUUACAUACUACCCUCUGCACAUUUAUCGAUGAAUGCAUUUAAAUAUACAAAAAGCUGAAUUUGUUAUUUCAGUUCUGAUAAAACAGAGGGAAAUAAUGAAGCAGGAAGCACAACACAAGCAAAAAUAGAAGCAUAGAAUUCUUCAUUCCUAUUUACGUUCUGGUCCACCUCACUGUCGUCACCCUGGCCUGGCGUCUGACAUUGCCUGCGACCCCUCUGGAUUCAAAAUGGCUUCUCCAUUAGAUAAAGUAGAGGCUGCUGACAUUGAUGUUGGCCGUUUCAAGUAUAUUUUGAUUAAUGUCCACCAUUCACCAGAAGGGGGACCAGAGGUUUCCAAGCACAUUGUCAGGGGAUAUUCUUCUGCAGGUUUUCAUUCUGAUGUUUAUGAUAAAGUGGUUCCAGCAAUUGAAAAAUUAGGGUUAGAUUGUGAAUGUCUUGGAGGAGGACGUAUUCUACACGAUGAAGAGAAGAAGACUAUUGAAGUAUUUGGAUACUCUCAGGGUUAUGGCAGAGCGGACCAUUCAAUAUCUGUUGAAAUUCUAAAGAAGAAAUAUCCAGAUUAUAAAAUUACCUUCUCCAAUGAUGGCUACUAGUCACCAUUACAUUUGUAUCUGAUUUGUUUGUGGCAUGUAGAAAUUUUAAAGUGAUGGUCCUCAGAGAUAUAUUUAAAACAAAUAAUUUUCUUUAUGUUUCAGUUUAGUUAAUAAUUUACCUUCUCAAAAUGUAAACAGUAGCUUUGAGUGAACUGUAUUGUCUUGUUACUUUUGUAUAAUGAUUAUAAGAUCUUGUAAGAAAAUGUUCACUCCUUAAAUACAGAAUUGUCAUUCCUUCAGUUUAGAAUUGCUUCAAGUCAUUGUAUUAUUGGUUAUGAUUAAGUUAAUUUGCUGUCUGUGAUCAUAUUUUGUUUGAAGGAAAAAAAUAUGUGAAAUGGAAUGAACAUGUAAACAUGUUUCUUUAGAUACGUAUGUUUCCAACUGCAGUUGGUAUUUCAAUGUCCUUUGCAGCAUUCUUGGACCCCAGCUCCAUUGCUUUUAUUUUAAUUUUUAACCUUGCUCUGAUUUUCACUUUUCAUUAAGGAGCAAAUCUUUGUUUGUUUGUUUGUUUGUAUGGUGUUUUUACGUUACAUAAGCAUAAAAAUGUCGCAGUGAUCCAGUUAAAUUUAAAUUUUUAACCUUUCCACUUUUAUUUGUUUAAUGUUAAUGUAUAUUGAUCAUCUUUUUGUAAUAAAUCCAUGUCAAGUAUUAAA